UCAGCACUGCCAUGUACUGUUUUUUUUUCAAACUUUCUAAAGGUUAGAAGGGGUUCCCCCAAAGGUUACCAGAUACAAUUGAAAAGGGGGACGACAUUGUUCACCUCUCUUUCAUACUAAUUUGCUUCCUUUACUGUACAGCCCCAUAACUCAAGCAAAAUGUCUUCGAUUUAUAAUCGUGCAAAAUCCUUAGUCGAAGACGACGACGAAGAAAUUUAUGCCUUCGCCACAGAAUUGGCCGGUGCUUCUGUGCUUCCAAUGGUCUUGAAAGCAGCUAUAGAGCUAGAAUUGCUUGAGAUCAUAUCUUCAGCUGGCCCUGGUGCAUAUCUCUCGCCUUGGGAUAUUGCUUCACACCUGCAAACACACAACCCAGAUGCACCAACGAUGGUUGAUCGUAUGUUGCGUCUCCUUGCUAGCUUUUCUGUUCUAAAAUGCUCUCUCAUCAAAAGAGAGAAUGGUCGAGUAGAAAGGCAUUAUGCUUUAGCACCUGUAUGCAAAUUUCUCACUCGGAACAAGGAUGGAGUCUCGCUCGCCUCUUUGGUUCUACUUUGUGAGGACAAGGUCUUCAUGGAUAGUUGGUAUGAAAUCCGUAAUAUAUUAUUGCUCUAUUUUGUUGCACACAAAAUGAAGGAAAAUAGAUGA